AUAUGAGAUGUUUGUAUAACUGCUACAGUGAGAGCUGAAGGUAAAAAAAAAAUGGACACUGUGGUAGCAGUGUUUUUGAUACUGUGUGUUGUUUGCUAUGGAGCAUGUAAAGCACUGCAAGCCGAAGUGAUAGACACAGAGGGGAGAGAACCAUGUGUGGAGGAUUGUACGGCUUGGUGCUGUUCAAAAAUGCCUUCGUGUCACGCAUGUCAUCUUCUUAUGGGGAAUCCCCAACAGUGUCGUCAUGAGUGGUCACGUGACGAACACAGCAAGAUGGCGGACUGCUGGAGCCGCUGCAGCGAAGGGCUGAAUGAAACAGGCAUGUCCGAGUGGCAACCCACAGACCUUAGGGUCACGCAGCCGGAGUACAGGACCCAGUCGGAGGAGAUGGUACUCACACUGGAGUGGAGAUCCCCCAACGAUUGGCAGGCAGACAUGUUGACGUACAACGUGACUCACCAGCUGUCGUGUCCACCACGACUGGAUGUUGUUCAUAUCUUUGGUGACACCCCGGAGCUGGUGACCACUGGUCAGCCAAUGUACCGACAAAGAUUUCGUAUUUCGCCCCCAGUCGUGGGCUGCCAGGAUAAGAUUCAAGUGAUAACCCUGUGUGAAAACGAGACAAUCGGUCGCGCAGGGGAGCUAACUCUAGAAAUAACUUGCGAAAUCGUAUCAGACUUCAACUGUCCUCAGAAGCCAGCCCUGGAGCCUGGCCCAGCCCAAGACGUCCAGUCUACCGUGUUCUCGGUGCUGGGCGGAUUCGUUCUCUUCCUCUACUGGCGCCCGCCCACUUUUCUGGGCUCGUCUGGUCGAGUUGAGGUGUAUCAUAUCUUUUGGGGCGUGGUCGAUUUGUCGCAAGGGGAUCUGUACUUCUUUAAUGAAACGGUGGGCGUGGUUUCAAUGCAGGUGCCUGGGGACUCGUGGAGCGUUAAGAUCAACACAGACAUCACGACGUUGACGGAGCAUGAGACCAUCGGCGUGGAGGUACGAGCUGCCGGCCCAGACCAAAUUGUGGCGGGUCCCAUGGGCAACAUCUACAUCCCAGCCAACACCUACAGUCUCACCGAUGUGUCAGAUUUACCAACCGAUGACGCCAACGUCACGGCUCUGGAAACCGUCGACGAGGAAGACGUGAUUGACGUCAUCGUGUACUGGCCAAGGUCUGGGCCGGAAGUGGCCGAGUACCGGGUCCUCUGGUGGAGCCCGUGCUCUGACGUCACCAACAACUCCACGCUGACGUCAGUCAGUGAAAUCGCGUGUCGGGCAACAGCCAAUCAGACCUCGGUUACUCAGGAACACGUGACAUUGAGAGGGCUGACCUUCAACACGACCUACAAGGUCAAGGUGGUGCCAUUGAUGAACGUCUCCGGCAGCGUAGAGGGACAGGAACCUGCGGCACUGAACAGCAUCAUCAGCGGCUUCACCACCAGCGCUCGCAUAGAACCAAACAACUCGGCUUCCGCUCCGUCGGACACGAAUGACGUCACCCCAGCGGUCACCACUAGCCCGACCGUUCAAAAAGAGGUCAAAGACGAGCCGGCGAUCGGGACGGACCUAGCCGUCGUCUUGUCUGUCGUCUCUCUGGCCCUCCUCCUCCUCCUCAUCGUGCUGUGUUGGAGGAGGAGGAGGAGGCACUCCCGCAAGCUCGGCACGCUCGUGCAGUUGGCAGACGACAGGCUGUACUCGGUGCUAACUCCUGGUCACGGCGGCCUUGACCCACAGGCGGCAGACGACUGGGAAUUCCCUAUCAGCUGUGUCAAGUUUGGCCCCGUGCUGGGGUCGGGGGCGUUCGGCCAAGUGUUCAAGGGGCGGAUCUCCCGGGCGCUGCUGGUUCACAGGGGCGCCACUUCCGGACUGGGUGACCAAGGGAUGUGGUCCCAGGAAGGGGACACCACCCACGCUACAGUGGCGGUCAAAAAACUUCAAGACGGAUGUGAUGUCACCUACAAGCAGGACUUCCUGCGGGAGAUCGAGCUGAUGAAGAGGAUCGGUUACCAUGACAACAUCGUCAGCAUGCUGGGCUGUUGCACGCGGCGCGAGCCCAUCUGUCUGCUGGUCGAGCACGUGGGUCACGGUGACCUGCUCAACUACCUCAAGACGCGACGUCACGAGAUUCAGAAGCUUCCGGUUUCCGGUCACCAUUACGUCAACAACGGCGUUGACAUUUUGAACCCUGUCGAUCUGAUCCGGUUUGCCUGGCAGAUCACCAAAGGAAUGGAUUUCCUGGCCUCUAAGGGGUUCGUCCAUCGCGACCUGGCGGCCCGGAAUGUUCUAGUCGGUGCCAACAACGUCUGCAAGAUCGGCGACUUCGGGCUGGCCAGGUACGUGUACGACGACGCCGUCUACGUCAGCAGGCGCGGGGGUAAACUUCCGGUCAAGUGGAUGUCCAUCGAGGCCAUCUUUGAUAUGACGUUUUCCACGGCCAGUGACGUGUGGAGUUUUGGCAUUGUUUUGUUUGAGAUCGUCACCCUGGGCGGGACCCCGUACCCCACCCUACAGGCCAGAGAGCUGCUGAGAGAACUGCAGAGAGGCUUCAGGAUGGAGAGGCCGGAGAGCUGUUCGGAGAAAAUGUACCAGAUCAUGAGGAAGUGUUGGCUGGCAGACCCAGGUUCGAGACCCACCUUCACCGACUUGUCCGAGUGGUUGCACCAGAUGAUCACAGACAACGAACACUCGUUCGACAUCACAAUGGUACUGUGUCAGGAUUUGUACAAUACCGACCCGGAAACCGUGGCUGACGUCGAGACCCGGAUAUCUCCCCAGCUCUCCAGCACCUCCUCCACGCCGUACCCGACGCUGGACGCCUGCCGGACGCAGCACCAGCUGUCGGAGGCGUACCCCACCUCCCUGUCCGACGACUCCGGGUACCUGAGCCCGCAGAAGGAGAGUGUCUCCAGUAGUGAGACGACCUUCAGGACCACUCUGGGGUCGGACGAGGGGAGGCAAUCGUCUUCGUCGCUGUCGUCGGCGAUGACGAUGAAGGCGUCGGGGUUCGGCGCGGACGUCAUCAACGAUGACGUGUUCUACGACGACGUCUCGAGCGCCGCCGCGUUUCCGAAACUGAUCCGUUUCGAGAAGCGGAGUGAGAAUGUCGACGUGGUUGAAAAAGUGGAGGAGUUUCGACCACGGGAUGAAGCUGGGGUUUUAGUCAGAAGUAAAUCAUGGACGAUCGCAACCCCGCCCACAUCGUGCCGGUCACUUUCCCGACAGUCUGCCCGUAGAUGGAGCGACGGGAAUCUGCCUGGCAUAUCCGCUAAGCAGAUUACAACUUCUGCCCACGAGACCAACAGCUCUGACGCUAAACGUGCACUGUUUUGCGACAACCUUAACACUAGUUUUGUCGAAAAAGUUGUUCCAAUCACGGACAUUCCCACAACGAGUAUUCCUAAAACGAGUAUUCCUAAAACGAGUAUUCCUAAACUGGAUAUUCCUAAAACGGAUAUUCCUGAAAUGAUAAUUCAUAAAACGGAUAUUUCUGAAAUGAUAAUUCCUAAAAUGGAAAUCCUUGAAAUGAUAAUUCCUAAAAUGGAUAUUUCUGAAAUGAUAAUUCCUAAAAUGGACAUUCCUGAACCGGCAGUACCCGAAACGAGUAUUUCUAACACGGCCGUUCCCAAAACAGGAGAGAGAGUCAGGCGAAAAGCGGUCGCCUUCCCGCCGUCUCAUUCCUUCUACAACCAGUUGUAUUUCAGCGGGAAUUCCCGAAGGCACCUCCCGCCCGUGGUUAGGGUGUCUCGAAAAUCCAACAAAAUUUCUCCCCUCGAUGUUGGAGAAACGGAAAAAGAAGAAGACUUGGACGAUGAAGUUUCGUUUAGAGACCAGCUCUGGGGUAACCAAAGGUCAGCGACCUUGAGAUCGCGAGACUUCAGAAAAGUUCAUGGAGAUCCGUAUCAGUGCAGUAAACUGAACCCGGAAGUCCGAAAUACGAGGACCACUCUGCUAAAUUUAGACGCGGGCCGCGAGACUCAACCAUCAUGGCGCGAGCCGUUAUUCGAGAGCCAACACGAGGAACAUUCUGGAAGUUCUGAGAUCAGUUUCCAAAAAGAUGCGGACCCUGAGCCGUCUGCGAAAAUUCCCAAGAAAAAUCAGAAUUUUCUGAGAACGUUGUCGCCGAGGCUUAGAAGAAACUUUCCAAAAAUGAAAUCUAGAACGUCCUCGUUGUUAGAUUCGUCAUGUACGCCUUGGCAUCACCCGUAUGAGGAUUUUAAAAGCAUCAUCUCCCAGCAUGCAAUUCUCUCAGACAACCCGCAAGAGAAUUCCCAUGACGACGACGAGGCGACCCAAGGGAACGAACUCUCGAGACGGAAGUCGAAUUUAAUGCGAAGUUUUUCAGACGAGGCGGGGUAUUUUCUCUCCGAUGGGUGUCUGUCACGUGAUCAAGGUCAAGUGGACAUGAAUCGAAGGUCAUCUGAUCCGGUUCAGUUACAGCACACCCCGUCUCUCUGGUCACCAGACCACUCACCUCAGCACGUGCAUGCACGUGAGACCACAGACCACGAGCCGGACGACUGGCCAGGUACUCCACCGCACGAGUUAGGCCCACACGUCAGGUGGCAGACGGGCACCGCCUCGCCCCCUCGCAAGAGGGCGCUGUUCCCCAACGAGAGGCACCCGGCUGUUUUGUACCUUGUGGGAAACACCCUUAACUCGUCCAGCAACUAGACACCUUAACACCAUUAACUCUAUCAGCAACUAGACACCUUAACACCCUUAACUCAUCCAGUAACUAGACAACAUAACACUAUUAACUCGUUCAGUAACUAGACACCUUAACACCCUUAACUCAUCCAGUAACUAGACACCAUAACACCAUUAACUCGUUCAGUAACUAGACACCUUAACACCCUUAACUCGUCCAGUAACUAGACACCAUGACACCAUUAACUCGUUCAGUAACUAGACACCAUAACACCCUUAACUCGCCCAGCAACUAGACACACAAAACACCCUUUAUGCUACCAUCAACUAGACACCUUAACACCAUUUACUGGACUAGCAACUAGACAACGUAUCACCUUUAACUAUACCAGCAAUUAGACACCUUAACACCCUUAACUCUAACAGCGACUAGACACCUUAACUCUACCAGCAACUAGACACCUUAACACCCAUGACUGUCAGCAACUAGACACCAAAACGCCCUUUAUGCUACCUGCAACUAGACACCUUAACACCAUUAACUCUAACAGCCAUAAGACACCUUAACACCCAUGACUGUCACCUGCUAGAUACUCCAAAACACCCUUUAUUCUACAAGAAACUAAACACCUUAACACCUUUUAUACCAGCAGCUAUAGACCAUAACACCCUUAACUCUACCAGCAGUUAUAGACCAUAACACCCUUAACUCUACCAGCAGCUAUAGACCAUAACACCCUUAACUAUAAAAGCAACAAGACUCCUUAACAUCUUUCUAUCAACUAAACAGCUUAAUAAACUUAAGUAAACAAAACGUAAACAAAAAGUCAAGUCACAUUAACAGUUUCCAACUUUCAAGCAUUCAGACACAUUAAAACCACUCGAUAAACAAGCCAACAGACACAUAAACAUCCUUCUCUCGUCUAACUAACACCUUAAAACCCUCUAAUCUACAACCAACCUUAACACCAGCGUACUUGCAACCAGUCACCUAUAUAAACACCUUAACACCAUUUUAAAUUCUAAAGCAAUGUAAUCACGAAGAAACAAAAAAUGGUAACGUUACUAGUCAUUAGAUAC